AUGCCUAGCAAUUUGAGUCAUGAUGCCGAUGAAACCCUCUUCCAUGCGUCCUCCAAUGAGGGGCAUAUACAUUCGUACCGGGCCGACUUUGAUUCGGUAUAUGUAUCGCAACCUGCUCUACAAUGUAUCAAAGACACAUCACAAACUUCCGCCUCAUUAGAGAAAAUCCCUAGCAGGGCAUCAGCCAAGUUCAUGGAGAUCCCGACCCAGAGCGAGCACCCACAGCAGGAGAACGCAACGACAAUGGAAACAUUCCAAAACUCAGAAACACACCCUGCAAUCACAACCACACCUGGCUCAGUUUGCAACGACGAGGCAACAUCUCCCAGUGAAGCACCCCAAUGUCCAAUCCGGGAACUUCAGGACGCGUUGGGACCGCUACUAUUGAGUACCAAAAAGGUAGAAUUGCAGCGCCCCGAAUGGAUCCUCACCCCCGCGAAGAAGCCCCCAAUUUUGCCCAAGUGGACCGGAAGCUUUACGCUUCUCGCUUUUCCUCGUGAACUUAGGGACAAGAUAUAUUACCAUUACAUCUACCGCCCCGAAGGCGUACUUUUUCGCCGCAACACUGCUCGCUGUUAUCUCUUUGACGACCGCCCCGAAGACAGGAUAUCUCUUUUUCUCACUUGCAGACAAGUUUACGACGAAGCAUGGCAAGUGUUUUGCCGUUACAACGCCGUCCAUCUGCCCGCUCGCCAAGACUGGGGUAAUCCACGCACCAACUUCAAAACCCUUGACGGCACUCUGAGGGUCUUCCCCGACAAACCUGCUCGAUCACUCCAACGCAUCAGUCUCUCAUUCAUGCAAUACAUGUUUAUGUAUCGUUACCGCACUGAGCGUGACCAACUCACAGCUGGAGAAGCAUUUGUCCAAAUACUACGCGACGCAUAUACAGUCAAAUUCACCUUUCCUAAGCUCCGAGAAUGCAUUGUCUUCUUCGACACUUACCACGACUUUUUCGGCUUAGAUUCUCGCACGUUCCAAAUCCCGGGCGCGGACGAUGAGGAAAAGACUCAAUGGGCAUUCAACUUGAUGAAGAGGUUCGUAGGCCCCAUCACUGUCGUGCCUCCGAGUUGGCUUGUGUUCCGAUUCAAUCCCGACUGGCAUUAUGAAUACUUCAAACACCAGGAAGGCAUCUGGAAUGCUGGAUAUCAGCGCUUGGUUAGGGAAUACGCAGAUAAAGACGAGGCACUGGAGAAUAGUGGCAAGAAGUGGAUAGAGGAAACAUGGGAAUUCGAGAGGAAGAAGAAGAAGGCGAAAUUCAAGGACUAUAGACAUAUCGGCCCUUAG